GUACAACUUCAAGUCCAACAACUACCACAGCAAGUCCCACAACAACAACAGCAACUCCCAUAACUACAACGUCUGGUCCACCAACAACAACUACCACAGCAGGUCCCACAACAACAACAGCAACUCCCACAACUACAUCGUCUUGUCCAACAAGUGCCACGGAGAGUCCAACAACCACAACAGCUUCUCCAACAACCACAACAGCAGUUCCAACAACCACAACUUCAAGUCCAACAACUACCACAGCAGGUCCAUCAUCUACCACAGCAAACCCUGCAACAAAAAGAUCAAUGCAAACAGCUACAACGUCAGGACCAACAACUACUACAUCAGGUCCAAAAAGUACAACAACAGCUGCUCCAACAACCACAUCUUCAGGUCCUACAACUACCACAGCAGGUCCCACAACGACAACAGCUCUUCAAACCACCACAACUACAGGUCCAACAACUACCACAGACGGUUCUACAACAACAGCUGCUCGACCCACCACAACAGCAAGUUCGACAACUACCACAGCAGUUC